AUAGGACGUCCUGGCUCGCAGAGGCCGGCCCGCAGCUCGGAACGCGCCUCCACGCGACCCGAUCGUCACUCAUAGCCGAUCGGCGGCUCGACGAGCUGCUGGCAUGGCGAAUGCCGCGGGAGGAGCCGCAGGCACCCCAGCGCCGGCCAAUACUCACCCUAUCGUCGCACCUGCCAGAGCCCCGGCAGCUCCACCAGAUCUUUACUUGUUUAAUCCCUCUCAUCAUCUAGCAGGAGCGUGGUUAGCCACACUCCGAGCUCAGCAGUAUGAUGAUCGGGAAGCCCAACGGAAAAUUCCCGCCAGAUUGGCAGGAGACGCCCAUUACUGGUUUAGCACCUAUGUUUGGUUGGAUCUCCCGACCUUCGAACGGGACUUCCUAAAUCGAUUUGAUUACAUUCAUCCCGGGCAAGCUCUGUACCUGAUCAAGGACCGGGUGCAAAAGCCGCUCGAGUCUGUAACCGAGUAUCGCAACCGAUUCUAUCGAAUGUUCGUCAAGGCUGAGAGAGGUGAGCAAGCAGGUCGUGAUCUGUUCAUUGAUGGCUUGCGAAGUCGGACGAUGAGGGCGAAAUUGCGCAAGCAUUUCUCCCCCAUCAACCACACUUUGAUGCAGAUCAUGGCCGCUGCCGAAGACCUAGAUAGGAAGUUCGCCGCCAGCUUUUUAGAGGAUGACGAUUAUCCUCGGGACGGUGAAUCAUCAGAGCUCGCUGGAGCCAAAGCUGAGCUGGCAGCCCUCCAAGACAAGUUCGAAAACAUGGGUUUCGUGGCCGGACCAGUCACAUACCUGGAUCAGAUCAUGUCGAAACGACCGAUGCCAAACUUGGCCCCCAAUGCGCCUAACCAACACGUGCCCCUCCAGCCGAUGGCCCCUCCAGCCAUGGCAGUACCCCCGGUGUUGGCUGCGCCCGUUCGCCCAGAGCUUGUCGAUCGAUCUACUGAUUCUACUGCUCUGAUAGAGCUCACCAAAACACAAGUCAGUCUAAUCCAAGAAAGUAAGAAGGAACAACGGGAGCAUCACGCCCGAAUCGAAGCCAUGAUGCGAUCGAUGCGACCGAUAGCAGUAAGGCCAUCACUUAUGCCUCAAGCGGCGGCCGCUGCGGCCGUCCCCUUGGUGCCCCCAGCUAAUCAGAUCUGUUACACGUGUCAUCAACCCGGCCAUAUGGCCAGGGACUGUCCCCUUCGACGUCCGCAACCGCGCGCAGCAGCACCUGUCGCUGCUGCACGUAUCGCUAAUGGCCCAGGCCGUAUGGGCGUGAUGAUGGAGGACGGAGAAGGAUUGGGCUGUACCUCGGCUGCCAUGGAAGAAGCCGCAGAGAUGAUCCCGUGGGAACAAUACAUUAAUCUUGGGUAUCCAGGGAUGGGUUUGAUCGGGACAGGCAUGAUCGGGACGAUACGGCCGGCACAAGAGCGACAGGAAGAGUGGCGACCGACCACUGAUGAGAUGGAGUCGGGAGGACCCACCUUCGUUACUGGUGAAAUCGACGUGCUCGAAAUUAUCCGAGCACUCGAUCACCGAAUCCCCUUGCCAGUUGGGCAUCUGCUGUCAAUCUCGGAACAAGCAAACGAGCGCCUUCUGCAGCACUGCAAAGCUAAUCGCAAACGCUUCACGCUUGCCCAAACGACUACUGCAAAAGGAAAAGUCCCGGCUUUAGGAGAAGCGAGUACCCCCAACCCACCCGAACCUAUCAGGAUGGGACUCGUUCAGAAAAGCGAUCAUUUUCUGCGGAUAAAAGCUAUCCCUUGGAAGUCCGCAGAAUGUGAUAUCAAGGUCAAAGGUGUCCCGUAUAAUGCUAUCAUUGAUUCGGGAGCUGCAGUGUUAGCCAUAUCGCUGCGUAAGGUAGAGAGGGCAGGGAGAAAGAAGGACCUCAUUUACAUAACCGAGAGAGAGCAGUUAGUGUCCGCGGACGAAGAGAAAAUCAAGACCAUGGGAAGAAUGAGCAACGUGGCAUUUCGCCUGGGAAAAGGGCACGCACUCGGAGAAGUCGUUGUGCUGGACGUCAACACAUAUGACGUCCUCCUCGGAUUGCCUGUACUUACCGCUCUUCAUGCUAACUUGGAUUUCAAUAAGCGCGCGAUCACCCUGAGAAACACAGGAGGUAAACCAUACGCGGUGCCGAUGAGACUAACCCUCCGAACUGUCAGCACCCCACGAGCUUCCCCAGCCAUGACAGGAAGCAUUCGCGUGCUUUCCUGGGAUGAUGCUAUGGGGAAUGAGCACUCAGAUGACAGUGAUGCGGACGAUGCUGCCGUCCAAGAACUUCUACAGCAACGGAUCGUGUACCCUGCGAAGAAGAAUAGGAACAGAGAGCUCACUUCGAUUAGUAGCAAUAUCCAGAGGACGCAGGCGAUGAUCUUAGGGGAGCCUCUCGUACAGAUUUCGAGGAUGGACGAUUCUUUGGAACCCCCUCGAACCCUUUACGAAGGCACCUCCCAGCUCCUCGCCUGCUUCCGCGAUAAGCGCCCAAUCUGUGACUUAUCUGACCUCCCUCGUUCGCUGUUGCAGCCUGCGAAGGAAGUACGGCUGAUCCGCCUCGGCGCAGAGGUUGGUUCUUUGGAACCCCCUGAGCGCCUCAAGACUGGAACAGACGAACUCGGGAUCAAGAUUGCGCCAAAACCAGUGCCAUGGUGGGACAGAUAUGAUGGGAUCACCCCCGAGGAACACGUGGCCAUUCACGAGGAAGAUGCGCAAAUGAUGGCCACGGUUUUCUCAUGGCAGUCAGACCAUUCGUUCAUUUCCGCCCGUCCCAAAGAACCCGCAAAAGCAAUGAGCACCAAACAGAUAACGACCGAGAUAUGGGGAAAAGCGUAUGAGCUUCAUGUACCUACCUACGUACCGGAUGAAAUUCAUCGGUUGAUCGUAGAUAUUCUGCAGGAGUACGAAGGUGCGAUCAGUGUGACGGACACGGAUAUCGGGCUGACAUCGAUCAUUCAGCACGAGAUACAGACAGGAAACCACCCCCCGAUUCACUGCAAACCAUACCGAUACUCACUUGCAGAAAGGAAAGCAGCCUUGCAACGGAUCAGGGAGUUUGAACUUAACGGAUGGAUAGAGCCCGCUACAGGACCUUGGUCGUUUCCGGUAGUAUUAGUGCCCAAAAAGAACGGAUCGAUUCGCAUCUGCAUUGAUUAUCGUAAAUUGAAUGAUGUCACGAUCAAGGAUGUUUACCCCCUUCCCCGGAUUGAUGAUUUGUUGGAUGCGAUUGGUUGUGCUAAUUACUUUAGUAAAUUUGAUAUUCGGCACGGCUUCCAUCACAUCCUGGUGAAGGAGGAAGAUCGGCCGAAGACUGAUUUUGUGUUGUUUGAGGGAACGUGGCAAUGGGUGAGGUGUCCAAUGGGGAUCUGCAACGCGCCAGCUACGUUCCAGUGCACGAUGAACGUCACUUUUCUGAAUUUCGUCAACAGGACGCGACUCACGCAGGGAAUGAUCAACUUCUGCGUGAUCGUGUACAUGGACGAUAUCUUGGUGUACUCAGUGACUUACCAUGGCCAUGCGCAGCACAUCGAAUGGACGCUCAGUGCAUUAAGGGAUGCAGAGUUCAAGAUCGCCAUCGAAAAGAGCGAGUUUUUCUUGCCGGAGAUUUCGUUUCUGGGAUACGUGGUGACACGUGGUGGACUGCGGCCAGACUCUAGGAAGGUCGCGGCGGUUAAGGAAGCACCGGUCCCUACGACGCUGACGCAAGUUCGAGCCUUCCUGGGACUGGCAUCGUACUACCGGCGGUUCAUCCAAGGGUUUGCCGCAGUUGCGCGGCCCCUGACGAAUCUUCUACGCAAGGAGCAGCCCCUGAACUGGGAUUCGGAAUGCGACCGGGCCUUCGCCACACUGAAGGAGGCCUUAGCCACAGCGCCGAUUCUGACCCGGCCGGACCCAGCCAGGCCCUUUAUAUUAAUAACAGACUGGCAGCCGGAAGCAAUCUCGGCGAUCCUAGCGCAGAAGGGGAACGACGGUCGCGAGCAUGUCAUUGAGUACGCGCCGCGAACGGUGCCAGACGAGCGCAAGAACGACUCAGCUCCGCAAGGCGACCGCAGGCUCCUCACCCGGGAAUUCACGGUCGUCAUCGCACAUCUGGCCGACGAGCUCGACCUCAGCAUCAUCGCGCACGAGGACGAGCGAUUGGCCCCACACGUCACCGAGCGCACCCUGCUGCCGUAUCUGCAGUGGUCGGCCUGUGUGGAAGACGUCCCGCAAAGAGUCCCGCCGUCGCGGCUGGAGUAUUUCGAUCCGCGCGGCAUCAUCGACGACGCCUUCUUCCAUCCUCCUCUUCCAGAAGAGUUGGAAGAGCAAAUCCGGGAGGAGCUGGUAGAAGAAAGCUCGGAGGAAGAGCCGAGCGAGAGCGAGGAAGAAGAAGAAGAAGAGAGCGAGGGGUAUAGAUCCCACGCAAGCGACGACGAUGACGACCCCGACGAGCCUCAGCAAGCGGAGGAGGAGAUCAGUGAGGAAGAGAGUGCGGCCGAGGGCAGCGAUAGCAACGAUAGCGACGAGCGGGAGCAGGUACUUGAGGAGGAGGAGGAGCAGACCUCGAAAAAGUCCCAGUUGGAAGUCGUCUCCGGGGUAGAACUCCACGUCGGCAACGACCCGACGCGUGACCCAAAGGAGCCCCGGCCAGAGGAUGGCCAUGAUACCGCGCUGGCUGGUCCGUCCGUUCGCCGGCCUCCUUCCCCACCAGCGCGACGACGACGAACCCGCUCCCGUUCCCCCUCCGCCCCCUCCUCUCCCUCAUCCCGUCCCGCCCUUCGAGCACGAAGAGAUGAGGGCGAUCGGUCUCCGCCCUCGGGCGGUCUACCAUCGCCUUGAUCAUGUCACUCUCCGCCAGCUCCAACGCGUUGUGAGGAAACCCGGGGAAGGGCGCCCGCUUGUCGCUGAAGCCAAGGGCAACGGCGCCUGUCACUCGCCGCGCCCGCGUCCGAGGUCCUCAGCGACCAGCAGGGAUCGUGUUUGAGGUUGGCUGUCACGCACCGUUAGCAAGUUCCUACAGCAGAGAGUUUUAAUAGUCAAUUAGUAAAUCAACUUGGUCACACAGCGAUGAGUCAAGUCCAUAUAGCUCCGAGUUUUAACUUAAACCGUCAAAUAGUGAACACGUCAGAUUAUACAGCAAUGAAUCAAGUUCCCACAA